AUGGAGUGGUACACGUUGAAGGGUCCCGACGGCGGCCUGGCGGGGUUACCCGCCCAGCAGGGCUGCAGCAUUCAAGAAAAAUUAAAUUUUGAAAUUCGAAUGAGAGAAGGAAUACGGAAACUCCUUUCUCUGAGCACUCAAAAAGACCAGAUUUUGCGUGGAAUUAAGAAUCUCAUGGUUUGCAACACUCGAAUAAUGGCUUAUACAUCGGAGCUACAGAAAUUAGAGGAGCAAAUGGCAAAGGAAACUGGAAGAUGUGAUGUGAAUUUUGAAAAUAAAGAACGAACAGCAUGUAAAGGGAAGAUUGCCAUAUCAGAUAUUCGAAUACCAUUAAUGUGGAAAGACUCUGAUCACUUCAGCAAUAAAGAAGGAUCACAGCGUUAUGCCAUUUUUUGUUUGUUCAAAAUGGGAGCUGAAAUUUUUGAUACUGACAUGGUGAUUGUGGAUAAAACAAUCACAGACAUAUGCUUUGAAAAUGUAACAAUAUUUAAUGAAGCUAGACCAGACUUCCAAAUAAAGGUGGAAGUUUAUAGCUGCUGUAUGGAAGAAUCUUCUAUAACCAGCACACCCAAAAAAUUAGCUAAGAAACUUAAGACAUCUAUAAGUAAAGCUGCUGGAAAGAAAAUAAAUUCUGUGCUUCAAGAAGAUCAUGAAUUGUGCUUCUCCUUCAGUUCUCCUGUUUUUGGAUCAAAAUAUAAUUUGCUAGCUUAUACCACCCUGACCUUGGAAAAUGCUGAGUCUAGUUUCAAGACCCAUAAUCUGUCUAUUAAUGGAAAUGAGGCGUCUUCAUUUUGGCUUCCCUUAUAUGGAAAUAUGUGCUGCCGAUUAGUCGCCCAGCCAGUUUGCAUGGCUGAGGAUGCAAUUGCAGGAUUUCUUAAUCAGCAGCAACUGAUAAAAGGUCUGAUUAGUUGGAGAAAGAUGUAUUGUGUUUUGAGAGGGGGAAAACUUUCUUGUUUUUACACUCCAGAAGAAAUUGAAGCUAAAGUGGAGCCAACUUUGGUAAUAUCCAUUAACAAGAAAACCAGAAUUCGGGAAAUGGAGAAAGAUGCCAAGAAAAUUCAUAAUUUCUCUGUCAUCAACCCUGAUCCUGGACAGGCUGUUACUCAUAUUUUUGCAGUUGAUAAUAAAGAAGAUCUUCAGAAAUGGCUGGAAGCCUUCUGGCAGCAUUUCUUUGAUCUUAGCCAAUGGAAGCAUUGUUGUGAAGAACUUAUGAAAAUUGAGAUUAUGUCACCACGGAAACCACCUUUGUUCUUGACAAAAGAGGCGACCUCAGUCUACCAUGAUAUGAGCAUUGAUUCACCUGUGAAACUUGAAAGUCUAACUGAUAUAAUACAUAAAAAGAUUGAAGAGACCAAUGGACAGUUCCUCAUAGGUCAGCGUGAAGAGUCCUCACCACCUCUUUGGACUGCACUCUUUGAUGGUAAUCAUCAAGUCGUGGUCCAGAAAAAAGUAUUAUCUCCUGCAAGUGAGCAGUCACAUGAUGAGAAAAGGAAAAAGAGACGCGCUCCCCUUCCUCCUUCUGAUAAAGCACCUUUCGGCUUAAAAGCGCAGAGCAAUACAGAUCAGUUGGUUAAGGACAACCGGGAAAAAACAAGUGUAUCUCAGACCUUGCCUUUUGAUACCAAAUCAUCGACGCUAAUGCAUCACUUACAGAAACCUAUGACUGCUCCUCGAAAAGUUCUUCCUGCCAAGAAAAAUAGUUUAAAUGAUAGCGAACAUACAGACACCACAACGAGUUUUGAAUCCAAGCCAGUGCCAGCUCCAAGGCAGAAAUCUAUCAGAGGCAUUUUAAACUGUAGAUCAUGGUUGCAGGCACAAGUAUAG